AUGGAAGGCGGCGACCCGGACGUCGUCAUGGGCGGGGAUGAUAAGCCUUCAAAUGAGACCACGACUACCAAUGGAAUUCCAGUGCCUGCUGAUGGGAUACAAAAAGACGAGAAUACCACAUCGCCCGACGACGAGGAUGAGGAGGACGAAGAGGACUACGAAGAAAUUCUAAAUGAUGACUCGAUUCGCAGACGAGGACUACUACCCACGGCAUGUUGCUACGAUGACCGCAUGAAGCUUCACGUCAACGCCGACUUUGGGACUACGCCUCAUCACCCGGAAGACCCUCGCCGAAUAGAGGAAAUUUUCAAAGCAUUCAAGAGGAAUGGCUUAGUUUUCAAUGGCCCGGAAAGCAAAAUCACGGAGGUGAUGCGUCACAACCCGUCGAAAUACAUGUGGAGGAUUGGCGCUCGAGAAGCAACUAAGGAAGAAAUUCUUACCACACACACUCCGCUGCACUAUCACUGGGUCGAGAGCCUAUCGAAGAUGGACUACCCCACGCUACGAGAAACGAGUCGGCAAUAUGAUCAAGGCCGUGCCUCGCUUUACGUGGGCAGUCUGACAUUCACGGCAGCCCUUCUCUCCUGCGGCGGCGCCAUCGACACCUGCAAGCAUGUCGUCGAGGGCAACGUCAAGAAUGCCUUUGCUGUCAUCAGACCCCCGGGUCAUCAUGCAGAGUACGACCAACCCCUCGGCUUCUGCUUCUUCAACAACGUGCCCGUCGCCGUCAAGAUCUGCCAGCAAGAAUAUCCAGAGGCCUGCAGAAAGGUACUGAUUUUGGACUGGGACGUUCAUCACGGCAAUGGCAUUCAGAAUAUUUUCUACGACGACCCGAAUGUUUUGUACAUCUCCCUCCAUGUCUACCAAAACGGACAGUUCUACCCUGGCCCGCCAGAGAAUGCGGAAAUACCGGAUGGAGGUCUCGAGCACUGCGGUACAGGGCCUGGACUGGGAAAGAAUAUCAACAUUGGAUGGCACGAUCAGGGCAUGGGGGAUGGCGAGUACAUCGCCGCCUUCCAAAAGAUCAUCAUGCCUAUCGCCAAGGAGUUCAAUCCCGACCUGGUUGUCAUAUCCGCAGGAUUCGAUGCUGCCGACGGAGACGAGCUCGGUGGAUGCUUCGUGAGCCCUGCUUGCUACUCACACAUGACCCACAUGCUCAUGUCCUUGGCAGAAGGCAAGGUCGUCGUGUGUCUGGAGGGUGGCUACAACCUGCAAGCCAUCUCAACGUCAGCGGUAUCAGUUGCUCGUACGCUGAUGGGAGAACCGCCACCGAAGAUGAAUCUGCCAUCUCUGAACAAGGACGCGGCCAGGGUCCUCGCCAAGGUGCAGAGCUACCACGCGCCGUACUGGGAAUGCAUGAGACCUGGCAUUAUCCCGAUGCCGGAUAUUCAAGAUCUGCAUGUUACAAGACUCAACGACCACAUCAGGCUCGGCCAAAGGCAAGCACUGUCACAACGCCAUCAGAUGAUUCCUCUUUUCAUACAAAGAGAUAUGCUCUUCAAAUCCUACGAGAAUCAGGUCCUCGUAACUCCAGAUAUUCCGUCCGCACGGCGUAUUCUCAUCAUCUUUCAUGAUCCGCCGGAGGUGUUGGCUCAACCUGAUGUGGUUGACCGCCACGUGGAGGCACAUAAUGCCUGGGUAGUUGAUAGCGUCGAACAGUACAUCGAUUGGGCUGUUGGCCAAGGCAUUGCAGUCAUGGAUGUCAACGUCCCGAACAAGGUUCUACGAGACGAAGAUAUGGAACCUUACACCCAGCAGACAGGAGAGAUUGAGCUCCUGGGCGAACUUCAGGAGCUGGCGAACUACCUAUGGGACAACUACAUCCAGCUCUACGAGGAGGCCGACGACAUUCUUCUUCUUGGUGUAGGUCGGUCGUAUAGUGGAGUUAGGGCGCUUCUGACUGGACGAGACUGCAAAGCCAAAAUUGCUGGAGUCGCCUGCUUCAUCAAGGGAAUGUUGCGACCCGUCAAGUCUGACGUCGACACCGAGCUUGCACCCUGGUAUAAGGAUCACUCCCAGAUCUACGUCGAGCAUGAUCACGCGUGCUGGUCUCGUGCAGACACAAAGCACAGAGUAAGUAAGCGCCGCUUCGGCACAGUGAUUCGGAGUCCGGAGAACGGUACCCAGAAGAUGGCGCAGGCCCAUGCCAAGGAGGUCCAGAGUUGGAUGCUGGAUAUGCUCGCGGCUCGGCAGAAUGGUGAUACUACGGAGGAUGACAAGAUGGCUUGA